AACCACCAAGCUCCAAGCUCGGUCCGGUUGCUGAUGGAGGUGCCAGAUGGACCGAAUGGAGCACAAGUACUCUGUAUGGCUGAUGCCGCAGCCUGGGGACUUGCAAACGAAGUUGGACAGUUUGGUGGCCCAAGUGAGCCACCGCUUCCGUGGUCCCCCCUUCGACUUUCACGUGACCUUGCUGGGCGGCAUCAAAAGCUCAGACCUGGAGGCGCUGAAAGGUGAGCUGCAGAGGCUGGCGUCAAGGCUGGAGCCCUUUGAGGUUCACUUCCCCAAGGAGUCUCUGGCCGUGUUCGAGACGUGGAAUCAGAGUCUGCUACUGCUGGCGGAGCUUGGGCCAAAGCUGAGAGCAGCCAACCUGGCGGCAGUCCAGCAGUUCAAAGACCCGUCAGCGCAGGAGGCGAACUUUGCAGCGCCCAGCAGGCAGCCCCAUGGUUCGCUCCUCUAUGGGCCCCAGCCUUUGGAGGAAAGAAAGCAAGCGGAAGCAUGGGUGCGACAAGAAGCUCCUUGGUUUUCCGAUGGCUGGAGCUUCACAGCGUCUCACUUGGUUCUGUACGAAACAGAUCAUCCGGCAGACGGGUGGGAAGGAGUUCCAAGCUGGAAGAAGGUGGCUGAGUUUCCCAUGGCGGCAUGAGCUUCGAUGCGAUGGCGACAGGCAAAACACCCGUUCCGCGAUGCCAUGCAAUAGCCACGUGCCUCCAGAACGUGCAUCAGGUUGCUUGCACGGGAUGGGCUUU